ACUACAUUUCCCGGCGUUCUAAGGGGCAUCGAGGGGUUUGGCUUCAUGGGCGCGCGCGUUGAGAAACUAUUUGAAGUUAAAAUGGCGGAAAAGCAAGCCUAUGCCACUCAAGAUGGUUCUCCAAGUUUCGAGGUAAACGAAAGCCCCAAAGAGGUUAACUCGCAAUCAUCAAAAAGAUGCUCCACCGAAAGCUACUGCACUGCCCCGCAAGUCAAAUCUCCCCGUGUCGACGCCCCAUCACUUACAAAGCAUACAACAGAUGCAGGCGAGGAUCAGCCAGAGAAAAACAAAUCAGAUAUCCCAACAGAAAAUGCUGGAGAGCCUUCAGUUCCUACUCAGAGGAAAUCCUGGAGGAGAGCCACCAUAACCCGACGCUCUCUGCCUGCCCCUCCAAACCCACUGCAGGCUUUGAGCAGAAACAUAAGUACAUCCUUGCCCGAAGAAGAGAGGCUUGAGAAACUGUUGGAGGCUGCAAUGAAGUGGGCCUUAGAUAGAACUCAAAGUUCGCUCAAGACAGUGCCAAAAAGCUCACCUGAGACUUUUCAAAAACAAGUUGAGCACAUCCAUAAAGAGUGGAGUGGCUUGACUAAAAGCGUUUAUGAUGAAUCACAUAGAGUUCCUUCAAGUUCAACGAGUGAGACUGACAUGAAAAGAGUCAUGGAAAAUGUCCAGAAAGCCACCAACAGACUCAAUGAGGAAAAUCAGUCUUGGGAGGCAUUAUUAAGCAAACAUCGCAAUAAAGCAGAAGAAUUAAAUAGGAUGGUGGAGAAGGGACAAGAAACGGGCAUACCACUAGACAGUGCAGCUAUGGCCCAGUCCUCUGUGUAUCAUGUCAUACAAAAUAAACCAAACUACCAUGAUCUACUCUGUAGGCAGAGGCCUAUGCUACAUGCUAUGGAGAUGAUUAUGGACACUCAGUGUAAGAUGGUAAGGGAACUUCUUUCCAUCAAGGAGAUGUCUACCUUAUUGCUGAAGGAGGCCAGUGGCAGACUGGCUGAAGAAGCAGGAUUCCAGACUCUCCCUACAGACAUCCUCAAGAAUCUCAUGUCAGCACCUCCAUCGACUGCAAGUACAUAAGCAGAGAACAUUUCUAAUGUUCACAUGGGACUUGAAUCGGAAUCAUCUGGUGUGUUUAUGAUAUUGCUUUUUCAAAAUCCAAGCUGUUGUGUGUAUCUUUUUUUUAACACUUGAGACAUACUGUAGUUUUAUACUGCAGGUUCUUUUAAAUGUAAUGUAAGAAUUUGGCCAGCAGGUGGCAGUAACAGAUUUUCCACAGAAUCAAAAAUCUUGGUGAAUUGUCUUAAAUGCAUUUUUCUCUUAACCCUUAAUUAAGGGCAUUCCCUACUGUACAAACUGGAAACUUUCUAGACUUCCAGCUAUUAACACUUAAUGUUUAUGGGAUGUUAUCUUAUAAGCUUAUUGAUUUUUCUUUAGAAAAUAAUAAAAAAAAGAAAAGGAAAUGUAUCAUCUUUUGCAUCUAUGCCCAUACCACUAAACCAAUGUGAAAAUUUAAUAGUUUGUACUUUUAUUUUGCUUGUGUUGUAAGAUAAAUUGGAUUAAAGUGACAACAGAUUUUAAUUUGUUUAUUACCCGAUUUCUCUAAUUUAUGAACAGUUCUGAAGAUGCACAUCCUCAGUCACAUUUACUCUCUUUUGGUGCUGCAUCUAUUUCACUUUGUAAGUGUCCCCUGACCAUUCUGGAGGAGGCCCCUCCCCCCUCAGUGACUCACCCCCAUCUCUUUCUUGGCUUGUUCAGUGAUGCAGAACGAAGCGUUGACAUUGUACCAGUCAGUCAAAGCUUUGUUGCUAUCAUUUCUAUGUUCGACCUAUCCACUCAUUAAAGUUCACGCUUAA